AUGACGUCUUGGGCGAACGUCGCCAAGCAGAGCGCGCCGGACCCGUCGGUGCCGUCGCCGGCCACAGCGUCUCGGCCGACGGCCGUGGUGGACGCCAACACCAUCAUCAAUGCCGUGAAGCUGGAACAGCUGGGGGAGAGGAUCGUGACCGUGAAGUCGGUCCUGGAGGAGGUCCGGGACAAGCAGUCCAGGCAAUUCCUUCAGAUGCUUCCGUUCGACAUCGAGGUGCUCGACCCGUCCGAGGACGCGAUGAUCGCCACGCGGAAGUUCGCGACGGCCACCGGCGACAGUUUCUCCCUCUCUGGGCCCGACCUGCGCCUCAUCGCCCUGGCGCGCAUGCUCGAGGAGCAGGCACACGGCGCGACGCACCUGCGCACCAAGCCGAUCAAGGCGAAGAUCAAGCGCGGGAAGGGCGCUCGCGCGGACAAGUUGCCCGGGUGGGGCGACGAGAACACUGCCGACCUCGACGCGUGGCGGGAGGUCGAGGAGGCCGACGGGGACGCGCCCGAGGGCGCCACGGGCUCGCGCAUCGCCCACACGACCGCCACGAUCGGACCCGAGGGCCAGGCGAGCUUCGAUCAGGCGCCAGCGCCGCAGGUUGACACCGGGGCUCCAGCGAACGACUCCAAGGGGGUUGACGGUGCGACGGAGCGCCUGGAACGUCUUGCCGUCGGCGGCGCGCAGGCUCAGCGCGAGGAGCGUGCGCAGGAUGCGGGUUCGGGGGGCGAGGGCGAGGAAUGGGAGGCGGUGACCAGCACAGCGGCGCGGCGGCGCAAGCAGCGGCGUGAGGCCCGCAUGAAGGAGGCGGAGCUGCUGGAGCGCGAGGCCCGGGAGCGCGCGCAGCGGGAGCUGGCGCUGAUGGCGGCGGAGGCGGGUACGGAGGAGCGCGGGGACGAAGGCGACGGUCAGGGGGGGGAGUCGGACGGGCCCUCGGAGUACGACUUCGGGGGCGACGACGGCGCGGCGUCCGGGAGUGAGGACAGCGUCGCGUCGCUCGGGUUCGACUCGUCGGUGUGCAUCGCGACGGCGGACUUCGCCAUGCAGAACGUGAUUGUGCAGAUGGGGCUGCGGCUGGUGACGCCGGACGGGCGGCGGAUCCGGGAGCUGGCGACGUACGCGCUGCGGUGUACGGCGUGCGCGGCGGUCGUGCGGGACAUGUCCCGCCUGUUUUGCCCGCGGUGCGGCAACCAGGCCCUGGACAAGGUGCAGGUGCGCGUGGGCCCCGACGGCGCGGAGCAGAUCGGGGUCCGGCGGCGCCACAUCACGCGAGGGACGAAGUACUCGCUGCCCAUGCCCCGCGGAGGCAAGGGCGGCAAGGACCCGGUGCUGCGCGAGGACGUGUUGAUGCAGCGGCAGCGCAGGGGGCGCAACGGAGUCGCCGGGGCGCGGCGCGGGGACGCGGUGGACGCGUUCGCGCCGGAGUUCAACGAGGAUUCGUGGUUCGCGGUGAACCAGGGCGUGGCGGGGCAGGAGAAGGGUCUGGCGUAUCUGAAUGCGUCGUGGAAACACAACCCCAACGAGCGGCAGAACAGGCGGACGAACCGGCGGCGGUGA